CUUUGAAACAUAUGAAUAGUUGACUGUAGUGUUCAUGAAAUAUAUUUUUAUAUCAACUGUUUAUACUUUAUAGCAAUUAAGCGGUUUGUGUUCAACACAUCUGAUCCAAACCACUCCCCUAUUGGACAUUAAAAAAGUGAUCAAUUAGUUGAUUAUAAAUAUUGUCACAAUUUUUCGUCAUUUAAAAAACCACUCAAUUUAUAUGAUUUGAAUUAAUGACAAUCGCUUUACUAUUAACAAGAAAUAGAAUAGUUAGUUAUAAAAGACAUAAACGUUUGUCGCCGACAACAAUGACAGUGACCGCUAAUGUGACAAAUUCAGAGAUUUGGGAAAAGAAUAAGAAGUAUGCCGUAUAUCAAGUGGUCGUCAAUUGCGACGGCAAGACAUGGCUUCUCUAUCGACGAUAUAAUGAAUUCACAAAAUUAUAUGAUUUAGUCAAAAAACAAUACCCUUGGCUUUCGAAAGAUCUCAAACUUCCCGGAAAGAAGUUAUUUGGAAACAACUUUAGCGUUGAUUUUAUUAACAGUCGGCGAAAAGGUUUGGAUACUUUGGUGCAGACAAUGCUUUCAGAGCCACGAGUUUUAGAUCACGCCGAAGUUCGCACAUUCUUCCAAUUGGAUAGACUUAGUAUGAAAAGUAGUAGCGGUGAUGAAGAUCAAGACAAUGAUGAAGAGCUGACCAUCACAUCAAACAAUUGCGAUAAACUAAUAGAUUUGGGACCGUCUGAGAAACAUCACGCAAAGGCCAGUGAUUUUGAGUUUCUUAAAGUCAUAGGAAAAGGAAGUUUCGGAAAAGUAUAUACAGCCAGACAUAAGGCUGAAGAUCAGAUCUAUGCCGUCAAAGUACUGAAUAAGAAAAUGAUUAUUAAACGUAAUGAAAGAAAUCAUAUAAUGAGUGAACGAAAUGUUUUACUCAAGAAUUUGAAUCAUCCAUUUCUUGUCGGUCUUUACUAUUCAUUUCAAUCACGAGAAAAGUUAUAUUUUGUGUUGGAUUACGUCAAUGGAGGAGAACUCUUUUUUCACUUACAAAAAGAGCGAUAUUUUGGUGAACCUCGCGCUCGCUUUUAUGCCGCAGAAAUCACAAGUGCCUUAGGAUAUCUUCAUUCACAAGGAAUUAUUUAUCGAGACUUAAAACCGGAAAAUAUAUUACUUGACUCCGACGGACACAUAAUUCUUACAGAUUUUGGUCUCUGUAAAGAAGGUCUGAGAGAAAAGGAGACGACAAAUACUUUUUGUGGAACUCCUGAAUAUUUAGCACCUGAAGUGUUACGUAAAGAAUCAUAUGAUCGGACAGUCGACUGGUGGUGUUUAGGGGCUGUUCUCUAUGAAAUGUUAUAUGGAUUGCCUCCAUUCUAUAGUCGUGAUACCGCAGAAAUGUAUGACAAUAUACUUCAUAAACCGGUCAGACUUCGGACCAAUAUAUCACUGGCAGCCAGAAGUAUGCUCGAAGGGUUAUUACAAAAAGACAAGAAAAAGCGUUUGGGAGGUAUUGAAGACACCGAUGAAUUGAAAAGACAUGAGUUUUUUAAACCAAUUAAUUGGGCGGACUUGGAGUCCAAGAAUAUUCCGCCGCCUUUUAAUCCAAAUGUUAAGGGAUAUUUGGAUUUUAAGAAUAUUGAUCCAGAGUUUACUCGCGAAGCCAUUCCCGCCUCAGUUUGUAAGUCACACGGAAUGAGUGUUUCCUCCAGUAUUCCCGAUAAUGCUUUCCAAGGAUUUUCUUAUGCACCACCCGUUCAACUCAGUAAUGGUUGAUUAUAACGGAUAACUAUAUAUAUAUAACAUUAAUGAGACCAAUCAUUUGUAAAUUAUUAUUACUUUUAUAAUCAAAUUAAUAUAAAAAUAACACAUUCGAGAGCUUACAGUACUUCCAAAUAAUUACUGUCUAAUCAAUCAAAACAAAGUGCAACUCCUAGUCUUUAAUUAAAUUUAAUUGUAAUACUUAUUUUAAAAAUCAAUUUAUAUGAUUGUGUAGUUUUAAUCAAUUUAUUACAUAUCUAUUGUGUGAUAUAAAUAUUUUACAAUAUUUGCUCAAAUGCUCAAAUUAAUUGUUUUAAUAAUUAUUAAGUUUUAUUACGAAGUCAUAAUAUAUUUUUGUUUACA